AUGCGUUCGUUCCAAGCAUUACUUUUCGUCACUGUAUGCGCCGUCGCGAGCGCUGGCUACAUCGGUCACGCAGGUUAUGGAGGCUACGGAGGCUACGCGGGCUACGAGGGUGGAUACGACGGGCAUGGCCACGCUGACUAUUAUGCCUAUCCAAAGUACGCCUUUGACUAUGCAGUGAAGGACCCUCACACCGGCGACCACAAGACCCAGUGGGAGACCAGGGAUGGCGAUGUUGUCAAAGGUGCUUACUCUCUAGCGGAACCCGAUGGUACUACGCGCAUAGUAGAAUACACCGCAGACAAGCAUAACGGCUUCAAUGCUGUGGUCAAGCGCAUCGGACACGCCCACCACCCACAGAUCUACAGCAACCACUACGACGGAGGGUACCACGGAUAUCACUAGAUGGCACUACACUAACAUUAUGUUAAAUAUUUAUCACUAGAAAUAACAGAGGGCGCUACACUUAGUGUUAAAUAGUAACCACUGAAAAUAACAGAUGGCGCUAUGCCGAAUUUUAAUUCAGCGCUCAAGUACCUUCAAAAUCAGUUACUGUGAUAUGAAUAAACUGGUUUUUAUUUAUUGCACUUCGAUGUUCGUCGGAGUUAAUGACAAAGCAAUUAGUUUAUAAGCUAAUCAAUUCGUUGUUAAUUUUGAUACAAAAAAAUA